AUGCUAAAGGGGCGUGCCCAACAGGUGGGCACAGAUGGGGCGGGACCCAGCAGCUUCCUCAUUGUCCUGGUCUGCCUCAUUUUCAGCGUGCUGUCCACCAUCGAGCAGUAUGUCGCUCUGGCCACAGGGACCCUCUUCUGGAUGGAGAUCAUCCUGGUGGUGUUCUUUGGGAUGGAGUGCGUGGUCUGCCUCUGGUCAGCAGGCUGCCGCAGCAAGUACAUGGACAUCUGGGGGUGUCUGCACUUUGCCCGGAAGCCCAUUUCCAUCAUUGACCUCACUGUGGUGGUGGCCUCCAUGGUUGUCCUCUGCGUGGUCUCCAAAGGGCAGGUGUUUGCCACCUCGGCCAUCAGGGGCAUCCGCUUUCUCCAGAUUGUGAAGAUGCUGCACGUGGACCGCCAGGGAGGCACAUGGAGGCUGCUCGGCUCUGUGGUCUUCAUCCACCGCCAGGAGCUGAUCACCACCUUAUACAUCGGCUUCCUGGGCCUCAUCUUCUCCUCCUACUUCGUGUACCUGGCUGAGAAGGACGCCGUGAACGAGUCAGGCCUGGUUGAGUUCGGCAGCUACGCGGCUGUCCUGUGGUGCGUGGUCACGGUCACCACCAUCGGCUACGGGGACAAGGUGCCCCAGACGUGGGUCGGGAAGACCAUCGCCUCCUGCUUCUCCGUUUUCGCCAUCUCCUUCUUCGCGCUCCCUGCGGGGAUCCUCGGCUCCAGCUUUUCCCUGAAGGUCCAGCAGAAGCAACGGCAAAAACACUUCAAUAGGCGGAUCCCAGCAGCAGCCUCACUCAUCCAGACAGCACGGAGGUGCUCUGCAGCUGACAACCCUGAGUCCUCCACCUGGAAGAUCUAUGUUCGCAAGCCCUCACGGAGCCACCCUCUGCUAUCUCCCAGCCCCAAGCCCAAGAAAUCUGCCAUGGUAAAAAAAAAGUUCAAACUGGACAAGGACAAUGGGGUGGGUCCCGGAGAGAAGAUGCUCACAGUACCCCACAUCACGUGCGAACCCGUCGCAGAGGAGCGGAGGCCAGACCAUUUCUCUGUGGACGGUUGUGACAGUUAGGUGAAGAAGAGCUCCAUGCUGCUGGAAGUGAGCCCCACCCACUUCAUGAGAACCAACGGCUUUGCUGAGGACUUGGACCUGGAAGGGGAGACGCUGCUGGCUCCCAUCACACACGUGGCACAGCUGUGGGAGCACUAUCGGGCCGCCAUCAAGGUCAUUCGGCGCAUGCAGUACUUUGUGGCCAAGAAGAGGUUCCAGCAAGCAUGGAAGUCCUACGAGGUGCGGGACGUCAUCGGGCGGUACUCUCAGGGCCACCUCAACCUCAUGGCGUGCAUCAAAGAGCUGCAGAGAAGCAAGCUGGACCAGUCCAUCGGGAAGCCCUCCCUCUUCAUCUCCACUUCAGAGAAGAGCAAGGACCGAGGUAACAACAGCAUUGGUGCCCGCCUGAACCAGGUGGAAGACAAGCCUGACCGGCUGCUUUCUCACAAUCGACUGGUGCCCUCCUCGGGGACAGACCCUGGGAAAGCGCCUGGCCAGACCCAGAGGGCACAGUGCUAUGUCUCAGCCCCACGUUACCACUGCAGCCAUCAGGGCCAUAAACAACCCCCACGCAAUCUGCUGAUCGUGGGGAAGCCAGGACAGGAAAUGGAGCCACCACUGGGCCUCAGUACCAGGCAUAUCUACGGUGGCACUGCCAGCCCCCCGCCAGCCCCAGCCAGAGCCGCUGGGCUUUCUCCCACCCACAGGGUGGGCCUGGGGCAGGAGCGGAGCCUGGCCCUGGUGGUCAGAGUCGGAGCUCCAGCCCCCACAUGCUUCCUCAUCUCAGUCAGGCCCUAA